AUGCUACACAAAGCUGUUAGCUGGCUACCAAACAAAUCUGCUGACCAAACGGAAAGCUUGCGCCCAGAAAAUAAUCAAAGGUUAAUAGGUCUCAUUAUGGGUCAGAUACCAGAUCUUCCUCAACAUAUUGAACUGCCACAGGUAAAUGUCAUACCACGUACAUCAAUGAUUGAUGAUGUGUCUUUAGCUAGGCGUGGACAUGCACAAUAUGUUGCGUCUUUACGCCAUUCCGAAACAGUUAAUCAAGUUAACAAUAGGAAUCAGAGUGAUUCAGUUAGGCAAGCAGCAAGUCGUAGUGCUGAAUGUAAUGAGCAGACUUCCAAUAGACGUGCACGUGAUGCUGAAAGACAUACUAUCGCACGUCAAGCACAUAAUGAUCAGGCUACCAAUAGACGUGUUAUGGAUAAAAAUUGUGAGUAUUGUCAAGCUAUAAAGUUUGAAAAUGAAGAGUGUUUCAAAUGCUGCCAUAAUGGUAAAGUUGCACUUGAUAAUUUGUCACCAUACCCUGAACAGCUAAGGAACUGUAGAGCACUCAAUGAGAGAAUGGCACGUCCUGAAAAUAAUGGCUGUAGAGAACACGUGAUGCAAACUGUUCAGGAUAUAAUGAACAGAGUUAGUCCUUUUGCUGCUGCAUACAGGUACAUGGCUGAAGUUGAAGCUGAUGAAAUAGCUCAGGCAGCAGCUGAAAACCGUGUUCCAUCAGAAGUACGCAUGUGCAUGAGAGUUGGCAGUGAUCGAAGGCGAUAUAACUUGCCACAUUAUGACGAAGUAGCUGCAGUUUUUGUUGGCCAAGAUGGAGCUCCUCCUGGAAACAGGGAUAUUGUUACCUACCCACGUGGAGGCAAUUUGCGAAAUAUUUCUACGUUAUCUGCAAAUUUAGAGCCGAUGGUUUAUCCUCUAUUUUUUCCAAGGGGUGAACCAGGUUGGUAUUAUGGGAUACCCCAUGUUGCCGAACGUGCAACCCGUACUCGAAAUGCUACUACAAUGUUGCAGUAUUAUACUUACCGUGUAGCUGUUCGGGAAAAUUUUAGCCCGAUUCAUUAUGGUAAGAAAUUAUUUCAACAGUAUUGUGUGGAUUCUUAUGUUAAAGUUGAGGGUAACAACUUAAAUUACAUUCGUGCGAAUCAAACAAACCUGCGUGUUGACAGUUAUGAAGGUUUAGCUGACCACUUGAAUGCACGAGCUGAAGAGCGAGACCUUCAACCAGGACGUAUUGUUGUCCUUCCUUCAAGUUUUCAAGGAAGUCCACGUGCCAUGGCUCAAAACUAUCAAGAUGCUAUGGCUGUCAUUGGCCAACGUGCACAUGAUCGGCCUGAUUUAGUUUCUCGAGUUUUUAAAUUGAAACUAAAUGAACUCCUAAAAGAUGUUACUGAAAGGGGUGUUUUAGGUAAAACUGUAUCACAUGUUUAUGUUAUAGAAUUUCAAAAGAGGGGUUUACCUCAUUGUCAUUUGUUACUUCAUUUAGAUCCCAAUGAUAAACUUCGGGAUGCAGAUGACAUAGACAGUGUUAUUUCAGCCGAAAUUCCUAAUCAACAGGAACAACCUGAGCUGUUUGAAAUUAUUCGGUCGUGUAUGAUUCAUGGACCAUGUGGCUAUCUGAAUCCUAAUUCUAGGUGUAUGGAGGAUGGUGUUUGCACAAAAAACUUUCCGAAAAUUUUUUUAGGGUCUACCGUUGCAGACGUUGAUGGAUAUCCAUUGUAUAGACGUCGUAAUAAUGGAAUACAUAUCAAUGUCAAUAAUGUUGAUGUAGAUAAUCGAUGGGUUGUUCCCUACAAUCCAUGGCUCUCCAAGAAAUACAAUGCACAUAUAAACUUAGAGGCUUGCAUGUCUGUUAAAUCUGUUAAAUACCUUUAUAAAUAUAUUUAUAAGGGUCAUGAUUGUGCCAACAUUGAGAUCAAUGAACGUAUUGAUCACGAUGAGGUACAGACGUUUUUAGACGCUAGGUAUGUCAGUGCGCCAGAAGCAAUAUGGCGCCUUUUUGAAUUUAAAAUGCAUCAGCAAUCUCAUGUUGUCCAUAGACUGCCAGUGCACUUGCCUAAUAAUCAUAUUGUUUAUUUUCAGCCAGACCAGGUUGAAGAAGCUGUGAACAGAGCUGCAAAUCAAGCCACUAAAUUAACAGCUUGGUUUGUGCUAAAUGGAGAGAAUCACAAUGCUCGCCAAUAUUUGUAUCCAGACAUUCCUCUUCAUUUCGUUUUCAAUAACGACAGGAAAAUUUGGACACCAAAGCGAAACUUUAACCUUAAAAUUGUCUCUAGAAUGUAUAGUGUGAGUCCUCGCGCAGAUUUAAGAACUGUGGAUGGUAAUGUCGCUGAGACAUUUCGUGAAACCUGUUUAUUGCGUGGACUACUGCAAGAUGAUACCGAAUGGAACAAUACUUUGAAGGAGGCUGUCAACUUUUAG